UGAAAAAUUCUCACACUGCACCGCAGCCAUGUAGUAGGAGCUUCUGCUUAAGGCACUAUCUAUCAUAUAAAGUAGACAAAGCUCACCCACCCACCACUCACACUGUGCACCCACUUGCUCAUUGCAAACUUUUUUCCCCAGAUAAUCUUCAAUUUCUGCAAUUGGAUUAAUUUACUUAAUAAUAAGUGAAUAAAUGCUCUUUUUUUUUUGUAAUGUACAGUCAUCCGUAUCUAUCUCGGUACAACAGUACGAGGGUUUCUCUUAAAUUUCCCAAUAAAGACAAAGUCAUCUUUUUUAUUUCCUUCCUUUUCUUGAAUCACCACCCUAAAUAAUCUAAGGAUUCCAUUGCACUCAAUCUCCCAGUCCUGUUGUUGGUUUUUUUUCUUUUUUUCGUAGUUUCUUUCAUUUCCUAAUUUUUCUCCUAUUUUCCUCCAUUAAUCACGCAGGUUUUACCUGGCGUGAGUUGGAUUGAAACAUGUCAGAUGAUAUGAACUGUUUAUGGAAUUUAAUAUUUUGAGGUAAAGCCCAUCUCUUUGCGGCUAUUCGGGGGCUUGUUUCCUUGGACAGUGAGGUCGUCCAUCUCAUAGGUGACAUCCCAGGAGUUUUUUUAGGUGGGGUUUGUACUGUGGCAUUGUAAGAGUAUCUUGAGAGUGAACGGCUUGUCAAUGGAUCAAGAUAGAGGUGAAGUAUUGGAUCCGGUUCAUGACAAGAGUUUAAGUCAUUUGGUUGAACGGGUUGCAAUUGCUAGCGACAGUACAAGUGAAGAAGCUGGAACUUCGAGACGGGUCGAUGAGAAUUCAGGAUCUGAUAAGGAGCUAAAGGAGGAAGUUAAGGGUCAAGACAAUCAUGGUCGAGAAAAUUUCAGUGAUAAGUUACCUGGGGUUGAUCAGGGAACUUGUAAUUCAAACCAUUUGGUUAAUCAAGAAGUGAUUGAAAGUGUGAUUGUGAUUGACCCUAUUCGGACUGAGUACAUGAAUGAAGAUAAUAGGAAAUUGGAAGUAAAAGUUGAGGAAUCGGGGUUGAGCUUGGGGUCCAUGAAAGCAGCAAAAGAGGUGUCUGAAACUGAUAAAAGUUCAUGUGUGAUUGAUAUAAAGUGCAGCAGCCACAAAAAGUUAUAUGACGAUUCUGAAGGUGAAACAAUUUGUAGGAUUUGCCAUCUGACUUCUGGUCAAUCACCGGAUGUAACAAUUGUUGGCACUGCUAAUAGUGCUACAAGAGUAGAUUUGAUUCAGCUUGGUUGUGCAUGUAAAGAUGAACUAGGCAUCGCGCACGUUCACUGUGCUGAGGCGUGGUUCAAGCUCAAGGGGAACAGGUUAUGUGAAAUAUGCGGUGAGCCUGCAAAAAAUGUUUCAGGUGUUAGCAGUAAUGGGUUUAUAGAAGAGUGGAAUGAAAGAAGAUUCAUGGACAACGAUGGUAACUCAUCCCCAAGAGUUCUUGGAUGCUGGCGAGGACAGCCAUUUUGUAACUUCUUGAUGGCAUGCCUGGUGAUAGCUUUUGUUCUGCCUUGGUUUUUUCGUGUAAAUAUGUUCUAGCUCAUGAAUCGAACUACAUAAUUUUUGCCUUCAACUCUUCCUUCCUACCAAUGUGGUGAGUGAAUGAUUGGUUUCUGACA